GGGAAAACUUACUGAAGCCACUACCGUCCACCACUGACCAUCCACUGAUAACCUCUUUCCAGCUGACUCUUACCAGACAAACCAUCUGACUACCUAACUAAAGUCGGGUCUUUCUCUCUUUUUCUCUUUCUUAACCCCAAUCCCUAAUAUUCCAAUUACCCAUCUACCAUCCAUCUCUAUUAUCUAUUAACUAUUUCUCAUCAUAUUAUUGCGAACUUGGAAAUGAAUCCCGUUGAUAUGGCCUUAUCGCACGGCCUCUCCGUUAAUGAGAUCUUAUCUGGGAUAUUCGGUAGCAUCAGCUUGACAGCAUGGAUCUGCUUGCUCCUUCCUCAGCUUAUCACUAAUUACAGAGCCAAGAGUGCAGACGGCUUAUCCAUGAUAUUCCUAGCUGUCUGGCUCUUUGGCGAUCUCGCGAAUCUAUCAGGUGCUCUUGUGACUGGACUCGCACCUACGGCGACCGCACUGGCGGGCUACUUCUGCAUAUCCGAUGUCAUCCUAAUUACACAGUCCGUCUAUUAUAACACCCUUAACGCCCGAAAAACCCGCCAGCGAACACGGUCGACCGAAUCUGAGACUUCGGAAGACGAACCCCUCUUACAGCCGCGGAGGAGGUCGUCUAGCGGCCUUCCAGGCUCGCACAGACGUCAUUCGAUGCACCAUUCCGAGUCCGGCCUAGACCCCAUUAAGAGAAUCGUCACGGGCGAAGAUGAUACGCCCGACAGCAACCCUUGGUUACACAACACACUAAGCGUUGCGGCUGUCUACAUCGUUGGGGCUGCCGGUUGGUUUGUGUCGUAUAAGGUUGGGGCUUGGGAUAAGCCCGAUGCUCCUGAAGAGCCAGCAACUGAAUCGCCAGUUGCUGUUCUAGGACUUACUCUGGGAUAUGCCAGUGCUAUUUGUUAUCUGUGUGCCCGAAUUCCCCAGAUAAUCAAGAAUUACCGGGAGAAAUCCUGCGAGGGUCUUGCUCUACUUUUCUUCCUAUUAUCUCUCACUGGUAAUUUAACGUAUGGCCUAAGUGUUUUCACUUACUCCCCAGAACCGGAGUAUAUUAUUAAAGCCAUCCCUUGGCUUCUCGGAUCUCUUGGCACGAUUGUCGAGGAUUGUAUCAUUUUCUACCAGUUCAAGAUCUACUCGAAAAGGGGAGGUAGCAAGGCCAACGGUACCGGCGAGGCUACGUAAAGUUGCUUGCUCGCAAGAUUAGGUACUUACUUAAUGUAGGUAGGUUUGCGACGCGGUUCAGUUAACUUGGAAUUAUAUAGGGGAUAAGGUCAUCAUGGCAGGAGCAUUAUCUAGGCGUUCUACAAUGGGUAUUUGCAGGUAUUCCCCGGUUUGGGAGUUGGAUAAUAUUUACAUCAUUGAAAAUAUGCAUUCGAUCAAAGCUUUACGGAUCUUAACAGGUCAAAUCCUCCACGUUCGUACUGGAACCCGUCUGGGUUACCGUUGAAGGCCCCCAAUGUACAUUCUUAUAUCAAAUCUUGCCUAGAUGUAAGGACUUUUCUUAAGAGAUGAGAUAUAACAUGUCAUAUUUUGUAUGCUUUUAUUCUCUGUACUGCUUUAAAACAGGUUGACAAUCAGCCGGUUGAAAAAUGGC